AUGAAUUCUUACUUUUAUCAUUUAAAGUUUGAACUGUACCCUACACCGGAUCCGACAGGCACAAGCGGUCAACAACAAGCUGAACAAGCCCACCUUUGGUUGCCAUCGCCAGAUACGAACGUGUUUGACGACUUACCUUCGCAUCCACACCCAGUUCGACCCGUGACUGGAGCUGUACCGUCAUCCGAAAAUUCUCAUAGCUUUGUCGACAGAUCUUGCUCUUCCCUGGCGUCGAGUUCUUUGGACAGCUUGCCCGACGGCGUGAUCGAUUGCGGCGUGUCGCGUGCCCCGGUUCGCCGCUCCGACAGACGACUUGAAAUCAUAACCGAGAGACAGUGGCUUGAGAGGGUGGAUAGCUACCCUCCCCCGCCGUGUAGCGCUGCCUUGCGGCCCCAGACUGCCGUCAACGACUGGCGUUUUGGUCGAGUGAAUAUCGAGACCAUCGACCCAGCUGCCGUCGGAGCUGCCGCAGGAAUGGCAGGAGAAUCGAGCCGAGCCGGUCCAUCUGCGGCACCGGCUCUGGGCCCAUCGUACGGAGGAGAAGGAACAGCUACAAAAGCCAGUUUCAUACCGUGUGAGACGAAGAAUACAGAAGUGGGAUGGGGCGUCGUCCAUUUUUAUCGUGAGGGUGAUGAGACGACUGCAUUUGGUGAAUCUUUGCAAGAACAAGACCAACAGCAAGAAGAGGCUUCUUCUUUGGAAGAUUGCACUACGUUGUGUAUACCUGCUGUGCCCGUGUACAUGUCGCCCAGCGACUUGUUGGGUUUCGUGGGUGAACGAUGGCUUGAAGAUAUUAGCCACUGCCGAAUGGUAAUGACAUCAAGUAUGAAUAGGUAUUUGGUUCUGUUGAAGUUCAGAGACAGCAGAUUUGCAAAGAAGUGGAAGAGGGAGUUUGACGGCAAGGUUUUCAACUCGGUUGAGCCGCAACCAUGCCACGUUGUGUUUGUCAAAUCUAUAACAUUCGAAACACCAAAGCUGUCGCAACGAGCUGACUACUCCAAGGCUCAGUCGUCUUCUUCUGCCGUCUCCAGCAGCCUAAAGCCGUUUCCGCCACCAACGCCAAAUUUGAUUGAGCUGCCUACCUGUCCCGUUUGUUUGGAAAGGAUGGAUGAGACUAGUGGGCUGCUGACGAUUCCGUGCUCUCAUAUUUUCCACUGCAACUGUUUGCAAAGCUGGAAGGGAUCAGGUUGUCCCGUCUGUCGGUUCACGAAUACGUCAGAGUUGGAAGGCACUCCCAACGAUACGGCCAACCCGUACUCUCAGCCAUUUGGAUCAUCGGUAUCAAAUCUGUGUACGGUAUGUGACUGUGCAGAUGAUCUAUGGAUUUGUCUUAUAUGUGGCUACCUUGGCUGUGGACGAUAUAAAGGCGGCCACGCAAAGGACCACUGGAAGGAGACGGCGCAUAGCUUUGCCCUAGAACUGGAGACACAGCACGUGUGGGACUACGCCGGCGAUCUAUGGGUACACCGACUUAUCCGUGAUAAAGGCGACGGCAAGGUUGUAGAAUUGCCCAACAGGAGCAACCAGAGCGGGCGUUCUCUCGAUGAAGAUGUCGUGCCUCGAGCGAAACUCGACAACAUUGGUCUCGAAUACACACAACUUCUCAUGAGCCAACUCGAGUCCCAAAGAUCAUACUACGAAGAAAUGCUUAGCAAGGCCGUCGACAAAGCCGCCAAGGCUGCGGCGGCAGCGGAAUCCAUGACCCUGCAAUCAUCCGCUGCCACGGAGAAACUCAAUGAACUGGAAGAGAAGUUCAAAUCGUUAACCACCGAUACUAUCCCGCAACUGGAGAGGGACUUGGAACGGGAACGGAAUAGAGCUUCCAAAAGCGACAAGCUGGCUCGGAAUAUGAGCAAGUCUCUCCAGGAGGAGAAGCGCGUCAACGAGGGACUCAUGAAGAGGAUCGAGCAUCUGGGCAGUGAAAACGAGAAAGUGACGAAGCAGCUGGGGGAAAUGAAGAGUGAGGUGGAAGAGCUAAAGGAGAUGAAUAGAGAUUUGAGCAUGUUUAUUUCAGGGCAGGAGAAACUCAAGCAAUUGGAGAAUGAGGGUCAGCUUGAGGAGGGUGAACUGCAAGAGGGUAGCGCCAGCGUGCCAGAGAAGAAAGGAAGGAGGAGGAAGCGGUGA